CGGCUCCACCUGCCCGCCUUCCUCCAGGUCCUCCAGGAUCACGUCCAGAGGAGGACGCAGGCUGGCCAGGCCGCUCCUCCUCCUUUCGUGGAUCCUGGGCUCCGCCGGCUCCUCCAGGUCCUCCACGAUGACUUCCUCCUCCUUCUCCUCCUCCUCUUCCUCCUCCUCUUCCUCCUCCUUCUCCUCCUUUUCUUCAAUGGUGGCCAAACAGGGACACUUGCUGUUGAGGUGGCCCCAUUUUUUUGCCUUCCGUCUUGCGAAGGCCUCCCUCCGGCUCUCCUCUUGUAUCUUCUCUGCAAGCCUCCUGUUGACACAGCUGAGGACGCAGCUCUUUACUUGCCUCCACAGGAUCCUCCACUUGGAGGGUGGACCAGCCACCCCCCUUCCUCUGUCCUCUCCAGACACACGUCUGGACCGGCGCAGGCAAGCCAGCCACCGUGGCAUGAUGUCUGAAAAGAAGGAGAAGAGCAGGGUUAGCAGAGGGGCCAAGGAGGCUUCCCUUCCUGCUAGAAGACUUUUAUUACAUUCUAUGGAGUGAAACCAUCCCACUCAAGACUUCCUCUGGGACCUUUGUUGUUGUUGAUUCGUUCAGUCGCUUCCGACUCCUCGUGACCUCCUGGACCAGCCCAGGCCAGAGCUCCCCGUCGGAGGUCGGGGCCGCCCGCAGCUCCUUCAAGGUGGAGUCAGUCCCUUCAAGGAUCCCGUCCAUCCACUUUGCCCUUGGUCGGCUCCUCUUCCUUUUUCCUUCCUUUUUCCCCAGCAUCAUUCUCUUCUCCAAGCUUUCCUGUCUCCUCACGAUGUGGCCAAAGGACUUCAUCUUUGCCUCUCAUAUCCUUCCCUCCAGGGAGCAGCCACUGGGCUUUCUUUCCUGGAGGAUGGACUGGGUGGACCUUCUGGCCAAGGUCCAAGGCACGCUCAGCAUUGUCCUCCAACUCCACCGUUCAAAGGCGUCUCUCUUCCCUCGCUCAGCGCUCCUCAGGGUCCAGCUCUCUUUCGCAUCCAUAGGUUACUACGGGGAAUUCCACUGCUGUCACUAUGCGAUCCUUCAUUGCCCGUGAGAUCUCUCUGCUCUUCACUAUUUCAUCAUUGAGGUUGGUCCUUGCUCUCCUCCCAAGAAGGAAACGUCUUCUGAUUUCCUGGCUGCAGUCUGCGUCUGCAAUCAUCUUCGCACCUAGAAAUACAGCCUGUCACUGUCUCCAUGUUUUCUCCCUCUGUUUACCAGUUCUCAGUCAGUCUGGUUGCCGUCAUCUUGGUCUUCUUGAUGUUCAACUGCAGCCCGGCUUUUGCUCUGUCUUCUUUCUUCCACCUUGGUUAUGAUGCUCCUCAGCCCUCCUCGCUUUCAGCUUUCAUCAGAGUGGUAUCAUCUGCAUAUCUCAGGUUGUUCAUGUUUCUUCCGGCCAUUUUAACUCCAGCCUUGGAUUCCUCAAGCCCUGUCGCAUGACGUGUUCUGCGUACAAGUUGAAUCGGGAGGGUGAGAGGACGCAGCCCUGAUGUCCGCACUCCUUUCCCAAUCUGGAACCCGUCUCCUCUUCCGUGGUCUCUUCUGACUGUGGCUCCGAGCUGGCCUCGAACUCGUGACCUCUUGGUCAGAGUGAUUGGUCUCAGCUGGCUGCAGUUGGGUGCUCACCAGCUUGUGCCACAGCCCAGGCCUGUAUGAAACAGUGCGCAUUCUUGAGCAUUUCCCUUUUUUGGUAUGGGGUUAGAAGUUGAUUUUUUCCCAUCCUUGUGUUUCCAUAUUUGUUGGCAUAUGGCACGCAUCACCUUGACAGCAUCACCUUCCAAGAUUUUAAGCAGCUCAGCUGGGAUCCCGUCCUCUCCUGUUGCCUUGUUAUUAGCAAUGCUUCUUAAGGCCCAUUCAACCUCACUCCUCGGGAUGUCUGGUUCUAAUUCACUCACCACACCGUCAAAGCUAUCCUGGAUAUUAUUAUCCUUCCUAUACUGAUCUUCUGCAUAGUCUGGCCACCUUCUCUUGUUCUCUUCAGCUUCUGUUAGGUCCUUGUCAUCUUUGUUUCUGAUCAUGUCCAUUUUUGCCUGAAAUUUACCUCCGAUGGUUCUAACCCUGAGGAAGUGAAGCGUGGGGCAGAAUUCUUUUCAAACAUUUCAGGAGGUGGCGGGGAAAUGGAUUUUGGGGGAAGGGUCCGGAUGUGAUGGCAUUAUUUGCUCUCAGGAUUAAAAUGAGAUGUCUGUGGUGGAGGCAUGGGGCUUCUUGGUCUUGCGGCUCUUCCGAUGUCUGUGGUGGAGUCUGUUGUGGUUUGUAAAGACAUUAUGAAGUAUGCGAGGUGGUCCAGGCGCUUGUUGAGUUCUUCUUCUCCAUGACUCCCAAUGGUGAAUGGGAUGUAUGGGUGGAUGCUCUUGAGGUGGUCCAGGCGCUUGUUGAGUUCUUCUUCUCCAUGGCUCCCAAUGGUAAAUGGGAUGUAUGGAUAGAUGUUGUUGAGGUGGUCCAGGCGCUUUUUGAGUUCUUCUUCUCCAUGGCUCCCAAUGGUAAAUGGGAUGUAUGGGUGGAUGCUCUUGAGGUGGUCCAGGCGCUUGUUGAGUUCUUCUUCUCCAUGGCUCCCAAUGGUAAAUGGGAUGUAUGGAUAGAUGUUGUUGAGGUGGUCCAGGCGCUUGUUGAGUUCUUCUUCUCCAUGGCUCCCAAUGGUAAAUGGGAUGUAUGGAUAGAUGUUGUUGAGGUGGUCCAGGCGCUUGUUGAGUUCUUCUUCUCCAUGGCUCCCAAUGGUGAACGGGAUGUAUGGGUGGAUGCUCUUGAGGUGGUCCAGGCGCUUGUUGAGUUCUUCUUCUCCAUGGCUCCCAAUGGUAAAUGGGAUGUAUGGAUAGAUGUUGUUGAGGUGGUCCAGGCGCUUUUUGAGUUCUUCUCCAUGGCUCCCAAUGGUAAAUGCGAUGUAUGGGUAGAUGCUCUUGAGGUGGUCCAGGCGCUUGUUGAGUUCUUCUUCUCCAUGGCUCCCAACGGUGAAUGGGAUGUAUGGGUGGAUGCUCUUGAGGUGGUCCAGGCGCUUGUUGAGUUCUUCUUCUCCAUGGCUCCCAAUGGUGAACGGGAUGUAUGGGUGGAUGCUCUUGAGGUGGUCCAGGCGCUUGUUGAGUUCUUCUUCUCCAUGGCUCCCAAUGGUGAAUGGGAUGAAUGGGUGGAUGCUCUUGAGGUGGUCCAGGCGGUUGUUGAGUUCUUCUUCUCCAUGGCUCCCAAUGGUGAAUGGGAUGUUUGGGUGGAUGCUCUUGAGGUGGUCCAGGCGCUUGUUGAGUUCUUCUUCUCCAUGGCUCCCAAUGGUGAAUGGGAUGUAUGGGUGGAUGCUCUUGAGGUGGUCCAGGCGCUUGUUGAGUUCUUAGCCAUUAAAUCAUGUGUUAUGCCACUUCCAUAGAACAAGGGCCAGGCUAAACUGCUGUGCUGAAGGAAAACCCUGCCGAUCGAAAGGUUGGCAGUCUGAGUCCAGGUCGGGGUGCGCACCCGCCAUUAGCCUCAUCUCACUGCCCAUCUAGUGGGUCGAAAGCAGAAAUGUGAGUAGAUAAAUAGGUACCACUUUUAGCAUGGAGGUAAUAAAGGCGCCCUUAAGGACAUCGACCGAGAGGAUUGGGAGGAGCUCCUCGGCAUGGAAGGUGGAGUGACAGCACAUCACCGUGGCUGGAGUUGAGCACGGCCUCCAAGAUAAGCUGACUUGCAAUAUUAAAAUUAAAAAGGAAAUAUCAAAACAAACAGAGAGCGACAAUUUAUUGAAUAAAUUGAGUGCAGGUGGUCCCGGUGGUGAUGGGCACACUGGGUGCCGUCCCAAAAGAUCUCAGCUGGCGUUUGGAAACAAUAGACAUUGACAAAAUCACGAUCUGCCAGCUGCAAAAGGCCACCCUGCUGGGAUCUGCAGCAUCAUCCGAAAAUACAUCACACAGUCCUAGACACUUGGGAAGUGUUUGACUUGUGGUUUUGUGAUAUGAAAUCCAGCAUAUAGAUCUUGUUUGCUGUGUCAUAAUAAUAAUAGUAGUAAUAAUAAUAAUAAUAAUAAGAAGAAGAAGAAGAAGAAGAAGAAGAAGAAGAAGAAGACACUUGGGAAGUGUUUGACUUGUAAUAAUAUAAUAAUAAUAAGAAGAAGAAGAAGACACUUGGGAAGUGUUCGACUUGUGAUUUUGUGAUACAAAUUCCAGCAUAUCUAUCUUGUUUGCUGUGUCAUAACAAUAUAAUAAUAAUAAUAAUAUACUUGGGAAGUGUUCGACUUGUGAUUUUGUGAUACGAAAUCCAGCAUGUCUAUCUUGUUUGCUGGGUCAUAAUAAUAAUAAUAAUAUAAUAAUAAUAAUAAUAAUAAAUAAAACAUGUAGUACAGUAGAGUCUCGCUUAUCCAGCAUAAACGGGCCGGCAGAACCUUGGAUAAGCGAAUAUGUUGGAUAAUACGGAGAGAUUAAGGGAAAGCCUAUUAAAUAUCAAAUUAAGUUAUGAUUUUACAAAUUAAGCACCAAGACAUCAUGUUAUACAACAAAUUUGACAGAAAAAGUAGUUCAAUACGCAGUAAUGUUAUGUAGUAAUUACUGUAUUUACUAAUUCAGCACCAAAAAUCAUGAUAUAUUGAAAACAUUGACUAGUUCAAUACGCAGUAAUGUUAUGUAGUAAUUACAGUAGUUUCCCCGAAAAUAAUACAGCGUCUUAUAUUAAUUUUUGCUCCCAAAGAUGCUCUAGGUCUUAUUUUCAGGAGAUGUCUUAUUUUUUCAUGAAGAAGAAUUCACAUUUAUUGUUGAACAAAAAAUGAACAUUUAUGAUAUACUGUACAGUAGUUGUCAUCACAAACCAGCAUAACCAGACACAUUCUUGAAUCCCAUCAAGAAUUUCGUGUUACUACCAUUAAUUCCAUGUACAACAAUCUAUGGUACGGACAUUUACCGAUCUUGCAUGCUCUGGUGUUCUGUUUGGCAGGCGCCGGGCAUGCUUCCAAACAAGAACUUGGCUAGGUCUUACUUUCGGGGGAGGCCUUAUAUUUAGCAUUUCAGCAAAACCUCUGCUAGGUCUUAUUUGCUGGGGAUGUCUUAUUUUCGGGGGACCAAGGGUCAAGGGGACCUCCCCUGCUCGGGUCCCUGGGUCCCUGGGCCCCUCCCCACACAAGGAGCCAAAAAGAAAGACUCACCGGAUGGCAUCCGAUCGAAUCCAGCAAAAUCCGGCAACCACCAACGCACCUGACCAGCAACACACAAGACCACCACAACCAACAAACCAACCACCUCUCUCCCUGUGGUUAUCCAGGGAAGUGAGCUUCAGUUGGAGAUGCUGCAGAACAUCACAAAGGCACGGAACUUCCAGGCAGGGAGGGAGGGAGGGAGGAAGUAAAGGAAGGAAGGAAAGGAAGGAAAGGAAGGAAGGAAGGAAGUGAUCGAGUUGACCACCCUCCCCCCCAGGACUUUGUAAAAGAUAGUUCAAAAAUCAAGACUUUAUGUUCUAUGUUCCAUAUAUUUAUAGUAGAAGGUGAUUGAGACUUUUUACUGGAGUUUACUGUGGAUUAUCCCUGCACUCUGAGGCAAGAGAUAACAACUUCAUGAAUUAUAAAAUCAUGCUGCUAAAACUCCACUUUUAUGAAUUUCCAUGCUGGGUUCUCCAGAUGUUAUGAACUUCGUUCUUAUCAAGUAUUUUCAAUUGUUUAUACCAUUCAUGAUUCCCCUUUAUGCAAUGUAACUCACUUUUAUGAAUUCUCUUAUUUCCAUGAAAUCUAUCUAUCUGCCUAUAUGUAUCUGUACUCUUUGGGAUCCCCGGAAAAUAUGUAUUUUUCCCAGCAUGGUUUAUAUUCCAACUUUAUUUUAUUUUUCAUUUUAUUUCAUAUAAUUGUCAAGUCAUGAAAUCAAAUAGGAAAUAUUUUGAACUCAACCUGAACCCCAGAACCUAUCCCAUUUCCUAUGACCCAGGCUUCCCUUCCCAAAAACAAAAGGAUAAUCUGCCACCGCUAAACCCAAUCAAAUUCAGAUUGCAUGGACAAUAUAGGGCUUGAGUCGCCGAAUUCGGAGUGUUGACCUAAAGGUGAUUCGCCCCAAGGCAAACAUUGUCAUAUCUCACCCAAAGGAAAAACCAGGACACCUCAGGAAGGCGCCCUGCAGAGCCUGUCAAUAUGGCUCAUCACCACCCAUCUUUGUUUCCAUCUCUGACACCCCAAGGCAUAUCUAAAAUCUAUACGUGACAGAAACCCGGACACCCUUGAUUGCUGCCAUUAAUAAAUUAAGCACCCUUUAGAAAUCGGUCUAGCAGGACUUAAUCCGCUAGUUCCUGUCCCAUCACCUCAUUGUUUCGAUAACUCCCGCCUUCUCUUUCGUGAUUGGCCCGAGUAGAGACAAAAAGCAGCUUCCUAUUGGGCCAACGGAGCAAGGCGGGAAAUGAAAGCCCGCCUCGUUCAACCUUCUAGCCUAUCAACGAUCAGACGGGCGGGGGAGCAGGGCGGGAAGUUCAAAGGGCUGUCAGACUGAAAUUUUGUAUAAAUAUGGCUUUAUUUUGAUUGUAUGGUACCCUAGUAGACCGAAUGAUCGCUACUAGAGUCCUCUUCAGCUGAAUUGCUCAAUAAAGACUCCUUGGCGGAUUUUCCUUCAA